CGGCAGCUCCAGCGAGCUGCCUGCCUCUUGCUCCUGCUCCUGCUCUGCUCCUUGGCCGCUGCCCGGCAGAGUCUGCCUGAGUGCUGCCGGCAGAAGACCUGCUCCUGCCGCAUCUACGACCUCCUGCAUGGCAUGGGCAACCAUGCCGCUGGCAUCCUCACGCUGGGCAAGAGGAAGAGCAUCCCACCAGCCUUCCAGAGCCGGCUCUACCGCCUGCUGCACAGCUCUGGCAACCACGCCGCUGGCAUCCUCACCAUGGGCAAGCGCGGGGAGCACCCUGGCACCACCUGCCAUGAUGCACUGGGCUGCCCCAUGGGCACAGAUGCCCAGCCAACGCUGGCCGUGCAGGGCACUGACCCCAGCCCUGCCAGCCCUGCCAGCCCCAGGGAGUGCCAGGGACACUCGGGGAAGGACCUGAUCAAAAGCCAGGCCCAGGGAGCUGUGAGGAGCUUUUACUGAGAGGGGUGGGGGCAGCAGGAGCAGAGAGGGGAUCCGUGGGGGGACAGACUCUGGGGAUACAUGCCCGGAGCUC